AUGGAUAUCGAUCAUAAAACUGCAGGUCCUGUAGAACAGGAAAUCUACAAAAAGAUCGACAGAGAGAAGAACAUCAUCUUCGGUUCCAAUCAGUUGAAGAAAAAGACUGACAAUGUUAUGGUUAUUCAAAAAUGUAACACCAAUAUCAGAGAAGCUCAACAAAAUAUUGAAUAUCUAGAAGAUCUGUUGAAGAAGUUAAAGUUGAGCCAACAACCUGAUGUACAAAACGGUAAUGACGUUAACUCUCAUCCUGGGUUUGGCCAGCUCUCGACUAUUUCUCCGGAGGAGUUUAGAUAUUCGAGGUUAGAUCUUGUAAAAUAUGACUGUCCUUCUCUCUCUCAAAGAAUUCAGUACAUGUUACAACAAUUGGAAUUUAAAUUGCAGGUGGAAAAGCAGUAUCAAGAGGCGAAUGACAAGUUAACUAAAUUGUAUCAAAUUGACGGAGACCAGCGAAGCAGCAGCGCUGCACAAGGUGGUUCCGUUGAAUCAAAGCACAGAAUACAGCUAUUAACUAAAUCUUUGAAAAAAUAUCAAGCCAUAAAUGUUGAUAUUGACCCAUUCAGAGACCACACAGAAGAAGCUACUCAACCCAAAUUUAGGAGAAAACAGUUGUCUGGUACUCUAACUAUUGGCGUAACCGCUAUUAGGGACGUAGAUCAUAUUCAAUCUCCUUUGUUUUCUAGAAAACCAGAAACAUUUAUCACCAUUAAAGUAGAUGAUGCAGUUAAGGCAAAAACAAAACCUUCAAGAAAUGAUAGAUGGCAUGAGGAUUUCAAUAUUGUCAUUGAUAAAGGUAAUGAAGUGGAAGUCACUAUUUAUGACAAGGUUAACGACCGGGUCGUUCCCGUAGCCGUAAUGUGGCUACUAUUGUCGGAUAUCGCAGAGGAGAUCCGUAAGAAAAAGGUUGGCCAACAGCAGAAGCAGGGUCAAACGCAAGGAGAAUGGGUUCAGGCUUCGAGAAUUGUUUCUGCUCAAUCCAAGAGUGACCAAUCUACAUUUGCAGGUGAAGUAACUGAAAGUCCAAAUACUACGCAUCCUACGGAGAAUCGCCCCGAAACUCAAACCCCAAACUCUCAACAUCUCACCACCAAUACCUGGUUUGUUUUGGAACCUGCCGGGCAAAUACUCUUGACAUUAGGCUUCAGCAAAUCCAAUACUACGCAAAGAAAGAAUUUGAUGGGUGGAUUACAUCGUCAUGGUGCUAUCGUUAAUCGUAAGGAAGAUGUUUAUGAACAGCAUGGUCACCACUUCGUUCAAAAAUCAUUCUACAACAUCAUGUGUUGUGCAUACUGUGGUGAGUUUUUAAGAUACACAGGUUAUCAGUGCCAAGACUGUAAGUUUUUAUGUCAUAAAAAGUGCUACUCACAUGUUGUUACCAAGUGUAUUGCUAAAACUAGUAAUGAUUCUGACCCUGAAGAGACUAAGUUGAACCAUCGUAUUCCUCACAGAUUUGUGCCAGUAUCUAAUCGUGGUACCAAAUGGUGUUGUCAUUGUGGCUAUAUCUUACCUUGGGGCAAAAAGAAUGUUAGAAAAUGUACUGAAUGUGGUGUUAUGUGCCAUGCCCAAUGUGCUCAUUUAGUUCCAGAUUUCUGCGGAAUGUCUAUGGAAAUGGCUAAUAAAGUGCUCCUCACUAUUCAAGAUACCAAACGUUCUCAGCAACAAAGAGGUACAAACAAUAUCAAAGUUCACAAAAACAAACCUCAACCAAAGACUCCAACUGAUUCUAACAAGAAAUUCAGCAACGCGUUUGACCAACCUGUUGUUCAUCCAGGGACUAUUAAACCAACAACACCUGCAGAGGUUAGAAAAGACCAAGUUAUUGAUCGUUUGAACAAUUUCAUUACCCAGCAUGAUAGCCAAUAUGAAUCAUUUACAAACAGUGUCGGGAACACAUCUCCUCAAAACAAAUCACUCCCAUUCAGUUUGGAUCCUGGUUUAUCACCUGAUGUUGGUGAACACAGCUUUUCGAGUGGUGGCUACCAACAAGGAUACACUUACGAUCAAGUUCAUAACUAUCAAGAACCAUCCAGUAAUAAUCCGGAAUACUCUAAUAGUGAUGACUACAAUAACGUAGGAAACACUACUCAAGAGUUAAGAGAGAGACUAAGAAGAGAAGAAGAAGAACGCUGGUACUUAGAAAACGCAAGAUCACAGGAGGAACAAACCCAACAAAAACAAUUGCACCAAGAACAGUCUUAUUACAUACCAGACAAAUUACCAACUAAAAAGAAUGACUACGACUUAGUCGAAGAAACUGUCACAUCCCAAGAAAUUCAUUCCGAGACCCCAACUCCACAUAGUGAGUCUAUCCAUGCUCCUACUUCUCUGGAAGCACCAAGCUUACCACCUGAUGAUAUUAGUAAGGUUGUUAGCAAAAGCCCUCCUUCUUCUCCACAAAAAUCGUACUCAAGUGGUACUAGACACAAGAGAAAGACUCCAAAGAGAAGAAAAGUUUCAUUGGAUGACUUUGUGUUGUUGAAGGUGUUAGGUAAAGGUAACUUUGGUAAGGUUUUACUAGCUAGAUCGAAAAACACAAAUAGUCUCUGCGCAAUCAAAGUCCUAAAGAAGGAUAACAUCAUCAAAAAUCAUGAUAUAGAGAGUGCAAGAGCGGAGAAAAAAGUUUUCUUACUAGCUACCGAAACCAAACAUCCUUUCCUCACAAACUUGUACUGUUCUUUCCAAACUGAAAAUCGUAUUUACUUUGCCAUGGAGUUUAUUGGUGGUGGUGAUUUGAUGUGGCAUGUUCAAAACCAAAGGUUAUCUGUGAGGAGAGCUAAGUUUUAUGCCGCUGAAGUUCUUCUUUCAUUGAAGUAUUUCCAUGAUAACGGUGUUAUCUACCGUGAUUUGAAGUUGGAAAACAUCCUCUUAACUCCAGAAGGUCAUAUUAAGAUUGCUGAUUACGGUUUAUGUAAAGAUAAUAUGUGGUACGGGAAUAAAACUUCUACAUUUUGUGGUACUCCAGAAUUCAUGGCUCCUGAAAUUCUAAAAGGACAAGCAUACACCAAAGCUGUCGAUUGGUGGGCGUUUGGUGUCCUAUUAUAUCAGAUGCUGUUGUGUCAAUCUCCUUUCUCUGGUGAUGAUGAAGAUGAAGUCUUCAAUGCCAUCCUCACUGAUGAACCAUUAUAUCCAAUUGAUAUGGCAGGGGAUAUUGUACAGAUUUUCCAAGGUUUAUUGACCAAGGAUCCUGAAAAGCGUCUAGGUGCUGGUCCAAAGGAUGCCCUCGAGGUCAUGGCUGAGCCAUUCUUCAGUAAUAUCAAUUUCGACGAUAUCUUAAAUCUACGUGUAGAGCCUCCAUUUGUUCCUGAAAUUAAGGCCGCGGAUGAUACCUCUUAUUUCGAAAAGGAAUUCACAUCAGCUCCUCCAACUCUAACACCUUUGCCAUCGGUCCUAAGCUCGGAUUUACAAGAGGAAUUCAGAGGGUUCUCUUUCAUGCCGGAAGACCUGAAUCUAUAG